AUGCCAUACGAGAAGAUUACAGGCUUUGGGCAUAGCUCAGGUCGCAUCGAGCAGGUUAUGUAUCAUUACACGCCAUCCUCUGUGCUGAUAUUGAAUGAGCAGUUCCUGGACACAAGAGUGCACUUGCUUCUGACUUGCUCGGUCCCGGACCUAUGUACUACUAACGCCACAUGCCACAGGCAUCACGCAGGGAUGCCACCUCAUAGCGUGCACAAGACAGGGUGUCGAAGCGAGGUAGAGGUACGGGCGUUCAAGAAGCAGCUGGCAUGCGUUGACGACUUUCUAUGUGCUCUUUCUUGUGUAGACUGUCGCCACCUCGAGCUGAAAUGUGACAAGACCGUAACAUGUUCAAGGCUAUUCUGCGAUAUGUCCCAACGGGAGUCUAAUCACUGGUCAAGGGACGAGCCUGAGGACUCUCCCACCGGCCUCCCCUUCUUCGCAGCGGGCCUUAGCCUAGUGAUACACCCAAGAAACCCACACGCACCAACCGUACACGCAAACUACCGCUACUUCGAAAUAACCUCCCCGGACGCCGACGACGACGACGACGAAGACGAAGACGCACCACCAAAAGUCCUAGCAUGGUGGUUCGGAGGCGGCUCCGACCUAACCCCUUCAUACCUCUACCCAGAAGACGCCUCCCACUUCCACAAAACCCUCCAAUCCGCAUGCAACCCACACGGACCCCAACUCUACCCAACCUUCAAAAAAUGGUGCGACGAGUACUUUUACAUCCCUCACCCUCCCUCACCGCAACGAAACGCGCGGAAUUGGGGGUAUCUUCUUUGA